AUGGAGAAUCCCUUCUGGCGACCCGUCUCCGCCUCUCUUCGGUACGCGUCUAAAAUCGCUGGCGAGGAGCGGCCCCCGGUGUUCAUCACUCGCGGCCAGGAGUGGUUGCGCCUUGAUCGCAAUUGCCUCGUUAUGCCCGCCUCCAACCGGUGGGAUGCAAGGGGUCAUAGGAAGGACCUGGGCCAGUGGUCCUGCAUGCCAUGGUCAUGCUUCCGAGAGGCUGCUUCUAGCAGAACUCCGGCCCUCGACCUCGAUUUGCUCCGUGGAAUAUCGACCGUUGCGCCGCACAGACGCCGCUGUCGGCGGGCAAGCCGUUUUAACCGACCGACGGGUCGUCUCGCACCGGCCAGAGUCCUCCUCCUCCUCUUCCUCUUCUUCUUUGUCUUUGUCUCUCCAACGACCGAGACGACAAUGGCAUGCAAGGGUCGAAUCCACAUAGUCCCUAGGGGGCUGCCAGGGUUCCGGGGUGCCACCAUCUCGGCCAGGAUGACAAGCUCUAGGCUCCGAUGCCCAACGUCCAGCCAUACACAGUACACUUACAACGGACGCCAAUUUUCGCUGGACCUGACGACCCUUGCCGAUGCCGAAUCCAAGUGGAGAGAUGGUCCUGCACGACUUCGGUGGAUUGGGAAGGGGAUGGAAAGCGAGGGUCACCCACCGGGUCGUCUUCUCUUUUCUGGAACAGGCCCUGCAAACAUUGCCUGCCUCUCGGCCGCGGUGUGGAUUGCUUUGCCCUACGGCAAUCCGCAAUGCGGUAUCAUCUCCCGACCGCACGGCGACGCUAUUGUUAACCAGAUCUCCACUGUCCGUCGCCAUCCCUCGUCGGCCCAUGUUCGAUCCCGUGCGUGGCAUGGCGAGGCCAUGUCCGCGUUGGGUUUUGUCGCCCAAAAGAAUAAGGUGCCCACUGGUUCUCGGCCGGCCUGCCGCUUCGUCCAACCGUCCAACCGUGUGGCCGUCCAGUGUUCCAUUGCUCAUCUCGGUCUCCACGACUUCACCCCGCCAGCGCUGUUGGUGACCACCAAAAACCAACCUGCGAGGUUUUACAUAUAUACUUGA